AUGAACCGGUCAAGGCCGAUGGGCAAGAUCCGGAAACGCCUGGAAGAUGUCAAGAGCCAGUGGGUCCGGCUGGCCAGGACUGACUUCAGCGACAAUGAGAGCGCCCGGCUGGCCACAGAUGCCCUCUUAGAUGGCGGGCCCGAGGCCUACUGGCAGGUCCUCAGCCAGGAAGGUGAGGUGGACUUCUUGUCCUCGGCAGAAGCCCACUAUAUCCAGGCCCAGGCCAAGGAGCCCCCCUGUACUCCGGAGACCCCAGGGGGCACCGAGGUAGGAGCCAAAGGACUCGACUCCUGCUCCCUGCAGUCAGGUACCUACUACCCUGUGGCCUCAGAGGACAGCGAGCCCACGCUGCUGCACGCCUGGGCCUCGGCCGAGAAGCCCUACCUGAAGGAAAAGUCCAGCGCCACCGUGUACUUCCAGACGGACAAACACAACAUCAGAGACCUCAUCCGCCGCUGCAUCACCCGCACCAGCCAGGUUCUGGCCAUCCUGAUGGACGUGUUCACAGACGUGGAGAUCUUCUGUGACAUCCUAGAAGCGGCCAAUAAGCGUGGGGUGCUCGUCUGUGUGCUCCUGGACCAGGGAGGUGUGAAGCUCUUCCAGGAGAUGUGUGACAAAGUACCCAUCUCUGACAGUCACCUCAAGAACAUUUCCAUCCGGAGCGUGGGAGCAGAGGUGUACUGCGCCAAAUCAGGCAGGAAGUUCGCCGGCCAAAUCCAGGAGAAGUUCAUCAUCUCAGACUGGAGAUACGUCCUUUCUGGAUCGUACAGCUUCACCUGGCUCUGCGGCCACGUCCACCGGAACAUCCUCUCCAAGUUCACGGGCCAGGCGGUGGAGCUGUUUGACGAGGAGUUCCGCCACCUCUACGCCUCCUCCAAGCCCGUGAUGGGCCUGAAGUCCCCCAGGCUGGUCGCACCCCCCCAGCCCAGAGCAGGACGCGGCCCCCCGCCCGGCCGCCUCAGUGGCAGUAGCUGCUCUGCCAGUGACCAAGUGUCCUCCAGCCCCUUCAGCAGCCCAUCGACGGGAAGCAACCCUCAGAACCAGAGUCGGCCCAAGUCCUCAGGGCCAAGCAGCCCCCUCGCCCCAAACCCACCUCCGCCUCCCAGGUUUCAGCCCUACCAUGGUCUUUGGGGGGCCCUGACCCCACAAGCCUAUUUCUCCCCGAGGCCCCACGACAGCCCUCCCGCUCUCUACAGCAAACUCACCGCCUACAGGCCCAUGCGGCUGCAGCUGGAGCAGCUGGGCCUGGUGCCCAGGGUGGCUCAUAUCUGGAGGCCGUUUCUACAGGCCUCUCCUCAUUUCUGA